AUGAUGGACCGAUUCCGUAAACACAAGAAGGCGAAGGAGGCCGCGGAGGAUCAAGAAGCGACAUCGCCAGGAUUCAGCCUGAAACCAUCGAAGAAGAAGGCAGAACCGGAACCCAAACCAGACUUCGACCUAUCAGCCGCACUGCCCCGACAGACAACUUCCGCACCAGAACAAGACGACCCACUAUCAAUGCUAGGCAAGGCUAGUGAUGAUAGCGUUUUGUUUCCCAAGCGCGCUUCGCGACUCAACUUGUUCGGCCACAGCCCCGCCAUGCUGGCAGAUAUUGACGAAGUUAGCUCCAAUGACGGAAGUCGACCAUCCUUCGCACUCGACCGCACCGCUUCUUACGCUUCCGGUGGGGAUGGAUAUGGUACAGACGACGACCGAUCGCAGGCGGGCAGUAUGAUGAGCAGGGCCCGUCGCGCUGAGGGCAAUAAUCUGUUCGGUGGUCGCCAAAAGAUUUACAAGAUCCCGGUCAGGUCACCAGGGACAACCCCCGAUGCGCCAGAGGCUAGUCGCCGGGGAAUGGGAAAGCCGGUCUAUGACCAUGACAUGAACUUAUCUGCGUUCCAGCGCAUCAACCGCAGGAACCUCGCCGACGAGUCGUCGUUGAACACAUCCCAAUCUUCAGUGACUGGGUAUCCGUUCCCCGAAACCCUUCCUGAGGCCCCUCGACCCGGUCCUGGCCCCAUGUCUGCCCCGCGCAAUGGUUCAAUCCGGAGCCGUCGUCUCUAUGGACAAGGAUUGACUCAGGCUGCCCAGAGCCAGCAGAGCUCAACCUUGAACCGCCUGGAGAGUCUGAGUCGCCAGCGUGCCGGCACCCCAGAUCUCCCCUCUUUGAACCGUAACUACUCUAGAAGUGCCACCAACUUGCGGGACCGCCUGGAAAAGCUUGCAAUUGCCGAACCGGCUUCUACGUCACGGCCGACUAGCCCUCCUUCAUCCGCCACAUCACCAAAGCCGCGCAUGUCCGGAGAACCCGCGUUGAGAGACCGUCUCUCGCCCACAGCAUCAACGUUUGGGGCUCCUCCCCUGAGUCCUCCCACGAGUGAGAACGACGAGGUUCCAUCCCUGUUGGCUGCAUCAAUUCACCCAGAAGAUCAUGGAAAGGCUACCGCCAUGGGCUUGUUCAACCGACCCGCCACUGGUUUCGACGAGCAGGCAUUCUCCCGCCGCCAACUUCAAAUGCAUCAGGGACGGGAGACCCCGCCUCCGCGCCGUGCAUCACCCCCGCGUCGACCUCUACCUGCAGAGCCCGCGGGCCGUGCUCGUGGACUAUCAAAGUCCAGCUAUCGUUCGCGAGCAGAGUCCGCCUCAUCUCACUAUAGUAGUGAUGCGCAACGCGGCGUGGAUCAUUCUUCUGCGCCCAGCGUUGAGGCGUCUCCCUUUAGACCCGGAGUGAGGACUUUCUAUGCCAACUCCAGUGCCAGCGAGUCUGGCGAUGAAGGGGAGAACCGCUCUUCGCACGAGCUCUCAUCUGCGACUUCGCUGGCCACCGAGUAUGGUCCGCCGCUUCAGCACUCUAGCGUAGCAUCUAACAAGCCAUCAACUCCCACGAAGGAUCACCUCGAAACACUCCCCGAAGUGAGAUAUUCCGAUCUAGGUGAUCUUAGACCUAUCGACGAGAAUGGCCCUGACUGCACAACUUCUUCCCCUGACAUCAGCGAUAACACACCCAAGAGACCUGACUCGCCAACUCUGCAACCAGAUCAAGGCUUUGGCGGAAUGGGGGGAAUGGUUCGAUCUCACCUGCGCCAGGAAAUCACCCCCCUGGGGAGGAGACCCAGAAAUCGACCCCCCCAGCCAUCGAAUGAUGUUCCCACGAUAACACAACCUCGCGGAGAGAGUCGGCCAUCAUCAGGAAGUCGCCCAGGAACAUCGAGCUCGCACGCUCCUUCCGGACAUUCUGCGGAGGCUUCUGUAUCGAACGGCUCGUCCUGGAGGGAGGAGUUGGAACUUCACCAUCGCCGUCAUGGGAGCACUGAGACCCAAAGGGAGCGAGAGGAAUUCGCCAUCGAGCUGGCAGAGAGGCGUAGAAAGGUGCAGGAGAAGCUACGAAGUGUUGCUGAGAGCGACAGCCGAUCCAGCAGUCCCACUCCAGGCCGGUCAACUCCAGACUUGGCCAGGGCUGGUAACGCAUUUGCCAUGUUGAAGCAAAAGUCUAGCAAACAGAUUGGUGGCAAGUCGGACCAGAAGAAGUUGUUCGGUUAUGCUGGUGGCAAUUCGUCCACGCCUGCUCUCUCUUCAGAUGACUCGUGGCGUGAAGAGGAGCGGCCCUCUUUUAGCUUCGGCCGGCACUCCAACUCCAGCUCUCCGCAUAUUGGACCAGAGCGUUCGCUCAGGUCUCGUAUGCCAUCUCUCAGCCGCGACAAUAGCUACGAAGGUUCACGCGAGUCCAGCCGCAGCCGUGGCCACUCACCUUUCCGAACCCAGAGAGAUCGUGCAGGCUCGGAUGCAUCAGGCCGGUCCAAGAGUCGAACCAGGCUUCGUGAAAGGGAUGACCUUGAAACUGUGGAUGAGGGAUCAAUCAUUGCACAUGAAAAAUUCGUUGUCCCUGAGGGCUAUGAGCCUCCCGUGCCUAUCUCACGGCCUACGUCGAGUCGCCCAUCAGCAGAAAUGUGUGAACCUGCGAACUUCGACCGCGCUCCCUCUGCCGCUUCGGGCAGAUACCGCAGUAACAGCCGAUCCGGUACGCCAAACUUCCAAUACGAGCGGCCAUUCCAGUUCUCGCAGUCCAACACGUCCUCGAUCAUCGGUGCUUCCCCCCGGGCCCCACCCGCUGCCCCGGCGUACUCUGCCAAUGCCACUCCUCCGCUGAAUGAAAUGCCGUCAGACAGCUCGUCUACAUCCCUGGCUUCUUCAUCCAGCGGUCCGCAGAUUCCCCAGCGUGGUCUGGGACAAGGCUCCUCCCUGAAGCGCCCCGUGAACAAGAAGCAGAUCUCCGAGCCCACGUUUGUCUCAUCCACAUCAAACGUCCCUCUCGUCGGCCUCCCCCCUGGAUCCGCGCUGCCUUCACCCAGCGGCGCACCUCCAGUGCCACCGAUGAACCCCCGCCGUCGCCGCGGAACCGCCACUCAAACCAUCCUGGGUGCGUUCAAGAGCGACAAGAACGACUCUUCACGGGUCGCUUCCCCCGUCCCGAGCGCCGGGGACGAACACAGUGUCUUUCCAGAUGAAGAAAAACGUCCGCGGUCCCGCAAUCGUCUCCGCAAGACUUCGAGUGAGGCUGGUAACCUGAACGCGCGGGCGCGACAGGGAUCCAUGACCGGCACCCCUCCGGCUAUUCCUCAAUACCCGCCUCCCGCUAUCCCCGUUGAAGGAGGCAUGUUCUAA